CCCGAGUAUGCCAUGCCAGUGCCGGCUGGCGCCCCGGCAAGUGAGAAGGAGCUUUACGUUCAACAAACUCCAGUCUGGGUUGUUGUAUUGAGGGGAUUACAAAUCUUCGUCUCCUUGCCCAUUCUCAUAAUGGCUGGCAUCCUCAUCCAUGGGGUAUCCCUCGGCGCCAACGCAUUUGCAGUUGCUUGUGUCGUGUUCACAUGGGUUGUCGCCACCUAUGUGCUCGUGGCAGAAAAGGUGAAAUCUGCCAACGUAGCAUACAAUAUUUGGGCCGUCUUGGCCCUCGACCUCCUAAUGGCAAUCUUUUGGCUUGCGUCAAUGGGAGCCAAUGCCGCGCUCCGAGCCCAGUUCAAGGACAAUGUCAACGUUCAGAGUUGCUUCGAAAACGGCCAAAUUACGAACAGCAGGACCUGCACUUUCACCAAGCGCGACCCCAAUGCUCUUGCCGACCAGGCCGGGCUUGCCAUGAUAAGUGCUAUCGCAGGCCUGAGUGCCCUGCAGUUCCUUCUGUUUAUACCGACCCUCGUCUUCCACGGACACUCCUUCCGCAUGUGGCAUCAGGCGAAUAAGAAGCCGUCGGUUGAUAACGCGACAGUCGAGAUGAAGGCUCAGGGAACACCGAUGUUGGCCGCCCAGCCGACGACUGGCCCCGUGUACCCGCAGUAUUCGGACUCGCAACAAUACCAGCUGCAUCCGCAAUAUACACCCCAAGCCGAGCUUCAGGGGAAUCAUGAUCCACAACAGACUGCGAAUUACCCCCAGCCGCAGCAGCCCGCGUUCCAGCCGGCGAUAGAUCCUUCCACCCAGCAAUAUGCUGCGUAUCCGGACCCUAAUAACCAAGGCUAUCAAGCGCAACCGCACCCGCACGGAACCCCAGCACCCGGGCAGCCGUACUACCCGCCCCAG